AUGUCUUCGAAGGACAACACCACCUCGACCCUCCCCAGCCAUCGUCGCGCCAAGUCGCACGAUGUGCGCUCCACCACGGCCGUCGAAGGCCCUCGUCCAAGCCUCCCGGGAUCCAUCCCCUUCUACCCUCGCGUGUUCGGACUCGGCCUUGGUUUCGAGUCGCCCACUGAGCCCGGCGAUCUAGCCGCAGCUCAAGCCGCACCCGUUUCCUCGGCUGGAGAACAGCCCAUCCUGGGCACCGACACCGAGGGUAGCGCUGGUGAGGGCGCUGUAUCAGCGUCGCCCGCUGGUUGGUCGCAGGUGUUAAACCCUCUUCCAACCAUGGCGACCGGCGCACCUUUGCCCCCUAUUAUAAAGGGGGUCACCAGCUCGGAUCCCGCGGACUUGGAAGCCGCCGCCGCCGCCGCCCCGCCCCAGCCACCACUUUCCAAGGUGGCUACUCAGGGCCCAGGAGGCAGCAGCAGCGCGGCUGUCCGCUCUCACGAAGCGGUUGCGUCCUCGUCGUCCGCCUUCUCCAGAGGCGGCUCGACCCGCACCGCCGUCCGCGAAGACCAGGACCGAGUGCGCCCCCCGACGCGCCCCCAUCCACCACAACUGCUCCCCGGCUUCGUGAGCCCUCGCAGCCGUCGCGACGCCCGCAUCCAGACUGGCGCCCAAGCCGGCCCCAGCAGCAAUGCUGGACGCCGCCCAGUCACACCUGUGCACCAGGUGAUCCCCACCUACGAUCAGCGUAGGGAGGCGGAGGAUGCGUGGCUCCGGCGCGAGGAGCUUCACCGCCGCGAGUGGGAGAGGCAGCAGGAAAGACAGCUGUCGGAGUUCAACGGCAGCGCCUGGCACUACCCCGUCGGUGCUGUCGUCCGUCGGCAGCCAUUCGUGGUUGCCGGACCCCGAGCUCCGAUAGCCCCUGCCGCCGCCGCUGCCGCCGGUCCAGCUUUCCUUGGCCGACCGCGCGGCAACUCCCAGGCUUCGGCCAUUGAGCAGGCCUCUGCUUUUGGGAAUGUCGUGCCUGGCCCCUCGCACCGCGCCCGAUUCGUCAGCGUCCCAGCUGGCGGGUACGGCGCCGUUGACGAUCGCCAGACACGCAUUCGCAGUCCGAGAACCGCCGCCGUUGCCUCGUACGCCGAUUCUCCCGGUCAUGGACCGUACCUUGGGGGUUCCCGCUUGGAAGGCCAGGGUGCUUAUACGGAGCACCCGAGCCCCAGCACCCCUGAGGGCAUGACGCGGGAGAUGUACGAGAUGAUGUGUGCGUUCAGUGAGGACGUGCGCCAAGAGCAAGAGGACGUGGAUGAGGAGGUGGAGGAUGAGGGAGAGGCUGCCGCCGCCGCCGCUGCCGCCGAAGCCGCGAGCUUCAGAAUGCCAAUGCCGGGCAUCAACCAGCACGGCCAUCUCGAGCUGCUCCGCGGUCUAACCCGGGCAGAGUUCGAGGCCGAGCAAAGCCAACUCAUGGCUGAUGCCCUGGCGUUUUCUGAGCUCGUCGGCGCGGAAGAGGAGGAGGAGAAGGAGGUCGCUGCCGCCGCCGCGCAAGAGGCCGAGGAUCGUCGUCGUGAUGCCAACAGGCACCGACACCCUCGUGUCUCGUCGCCGGGCGCCGCCUCCGCGUCCUCGUACUACGGUACUGGGACCCUCGAUGCCGAGACGUGGCAGGCAGCCGAGGAUGAACUGUGGGACGUGCUGAAUCGGCGCAGAGUCCCUAGCUACGACGAGAAGGGCGCGCUUGUGUUCCCGACUAGCCCGUCAGCGGCUGAGAUCGCACGGGAGCGCGCCGCUAUCUUCAAGCGUGCUAGGAGACGCGCCGAGGAGGCGGUAGGAGGAGCGUCGCAGGGUGCUGGAUGGGGCGGUGAGGGUCCACUUGACAGGAACCCCCCGCAGAUCCCGUUCGGUAUCCCUGAGGAUAUAUAUGAUCAGGCCUGCGCCUUCAACGAGCAGGUGCGUCAGGAGGAGGCGGAUCGCGAGCGUGCGGAGGGCCAGGCUGGUCCUUCGCACACAAGCCCGCUGCCCGCCCCUCUCGCCUGCCCACCAGGCCUGAUCGAGUGGGGUGUGACGGAGGAGGGCCUGAUUUCGGCGUGGAGGAACCACGUGGCUCAGCAGCCAGCUGGGCCACACGGUCCCCCAGCAGCUGGAUCAGGUGUUGAGCAGCACGGUGCUCAACCCCCUCCCGUCCACCACCACGAUCCGUUCGACGAGCGCGAUGUGGCGGCGAUUUCUCGGAGCACAGCAGCAGCAGCGCGAUCCGGGAUUCUUCUGGGUCGCAGCAGCGCGCGGCGCAGCUCGGCGAGGAACGCCACGCGCGGCUCCUAUUAUCCCGCGGAGAUCUCGACGGGGAGUCCUCGCCCAAGAGGACGCGGUGUUGUCGUAGGUGAGUACGUUGCUCCUCCCGAGCAGGCAACCCCCCUUCCGGCCCGUAGGAGGGCCAUGCGGACACCGUCGCCGUCGGUGUACAGUAGGACCUCCGGCUUUGGCACUGUCCAGGCCGCGGUCCAGCGACCUGUCAUCAGCGGGGUGUCCAGUCCUGAUCGUGGCGAUGUCUUCGGGUCGCCUUCCAUUGAGUUGGCGCCUGUCUUCGCGGGCAUCCAGAGGAGGAACCUAGCUUCGUUUAACGAGCAGGUGAACUCUGGCUCUGACCCCGUUGACGAAGACACGUCGCGAGAGGGACAGGAGAAGGAGGGGGUUAAGGGUAAAAUGGUGAUCCGAAACGGAUCCGCUGCGCGUGCGUCCUCGUCGUCUCUGAGCGAUGGGGGGGGCCAUGCAUCCAGAUGGGUGUAUGAGAGCCCCUCCAUCGGCAAGAUGGACUUCGGUCCCCCCAGAGACAAGGGCAAGCGCGCCGCGACCGCUUCGGAGGUGGCCGCGCAGGUCGUCGAAGAGGAGAUGCUGCUUCUUGGCACUUCUGCUUCGCCUGCUGCAACCGAGAUGGAGAGGGAUGAGGGAGAGGGUGAGGGUGUUAUCAGACCCCCCAGCCCAGCCGUCUCGCAAUCAGAGACCCUGCUGGACGAUAGCGGGUCACGAGACGAGCUCCCCCCUCCUCCCCCCUCUCCAACUCCACCACCACCACCAUCCUCAGCCGCAGCGCCGAUUUUGGUCCCGCUCCUCGCCGGCGCACACCGAACCCUCGAUCUCGACGAGGACUUCGAGUACGACGCCGGCAUCGAGGCAGCGCCCAAGUCGACGCGUAGGGCGAAGGUCACGGGCGGACUGCGCGGAUUCGCCAGGGGCAUCAAGGACGCGCUCUCGUCUUCCUCGCGGAAGGCAGCUGCGCGUCCACCCCCCCAGCAAGCCGCCGCAGUCGCGACCCCAAGGCCGGAGAUCGUAGAUGGAGAAGCGAACCAAAGCACCGCGACAGGUCUGAGCGUCGGUGGGCGACCGGGAGUGUUCGCGUCCCUCACAGGACGCUUCACUCCCCGUCCUGGCAGUUCAGCCAGCGCCCACCGAGCGCCUCUCGCAAAAGUCAGCGGAACUGGCUCCCUGGGGUCACGACGCUGGCCGGCGCGCAGAUCGUCGCUGGCGCGCGCAUUCUCGAUCCCGAAUCUUCGGUCACCUUCCCUCACGGCUGGGACCCUUAAUAAGCCGCUUCCGCAGACGCCGUUGUUCGUCGUGAGAGAGACGGCCUCGGGCGAUGAGGCGUCGUCUACUCCGGACAUCGGGGAGUCUGUGGAGUCCGUUGGGUUUCUUCGUCCUGUCACCGCCGCUGUGGAGGGACAGUCUCUAAGACGGGGCCGCUAUGUUUCGUUCGCGGAUCAGCACCCCAGCACAACCGCCAGAUGGCUUCGGUCAUCUGGUAGUGCUCACGAGAUUGUCCCCCGCGGCGAGGAGCAAAAAGAGGAGCCCACUCCCGUCCGCGCCCAGCAGCAACAGCGCAUCGACGAUCUCUCAGCCGCCCUCGAGGAUGCCGAGAGUUCGCGCCUAGCAGCUGAGGCGCGCGCAUCAGCCGCAGAAGCGGAGCUCACUCGCGCCCACGCCGAGCUGGACGUCUACGUUGCGGAAGCGACGGUGGCCCAGCGCGCGCUCACGGCGGCACGAGUCGAGUUCCAGCUGCAGCUCGACCUUGCGAGGCGGGAGACCGAGCGGCACGCUGCGGAGACCGAGCGUCAGCAUGAACGCCACUUGGACUACCUUCGCGUUCUGGCGGAGGCCCAUGGGGCGGAGCGACAGGGUCUGGAAGCUCAAAUCGCCAUGCUGUAUUCUGCAGUUGGCGGUCUCCAGACUCAGUUGCUGUAUGCUGGCGUCGGCGUCCCGCAGCAGCAACAGGGAGGAGCGCGAGGUGCUCGCCAGUCGUUGCAAUUCCCGGCUGCCCCAGCGGCGGCCCAGCAGGAGGAGGGGACUGCUGCAAAUGAACCCCUCCCACCACCACAACAACCACCCAGCCCCGAGUUCGUAUACCUCGGACCCCGUCACCGCUUCGGCAGCCGCCUGCCCGAACCGGGACUCUUCCAGAUCCUCUCCCACCCCAUCCCGCUCCCGCCCCAACAACCCCCCUUCGCGCCCUCGGAGUCGGUGCGUCUCGCGAAUCGUGCGGGGCGCCUGGCUGCUGAGGCGGGGGGGGCCGAGUAUAGACAGCGCAUGAGGCGGAGACAGGUGCCUGACUCGGAUUGA